UGAUUUGAACCAAUGAACUCGGAUUGUCCAAAGCAUGAAAAUAUACUCCUAAAUUGAAGAGUCAAGGUUUGACAGAUGUGGCACAAGAAAAACAAAUUGCAAUAAAAUGGCAGGAUCAGCAUUAAAGAGGCUAAUGGCUGAAUAUAAACAGCUGACACUGAACCCACCAGAGGGAAUCAUAGCAGGACCAGUUAAUGAAGAAAACUUCUUUGAAUGGGAAGCGCUUAUCAUGGGGCCAGAGGGUACCUGUUUUGAAGGGGGUGUAUUUCCUGCCAGACUAGCAUUUCCACCUGACUACCCACUGGGCCCUCCGAAGAUGAAGUUCACAUGUGAUCUUUUCCAUCCUAACAUUUACCCUGAUGGGCGGGUAUGUAUAUCUAUACUACAUGCCCCAGGGGAUGAUCCAAUGGGCUAUGAGACAAGUGCUGAGCGGUGGAGCCCUGUACAGAGCGUGGAAAAGAUACUGCUCUCAGUUGUCAGCAUGCUAGCAGAGCCUAAUGAUGAAAGUGCGGCCAAUGUGGAUGCUGCCAAGAUGUGGCGGGAUGAGCGAUCCAAAUUUGAAGAAAUGGCAGCUAAACAUGUCCGCAAGAGCCUUGGAUUAUGACACCCAUUGGAUACUGUUGACAGAGAUUUAUAGACAAUAUGGACAGAUUUGGGGGUGUGGAUAGCAACGUUGAUUACACCUGUCAUCAAUGUAAGACUUAAAUGAACAAGUCUGAAAACUACCACUAUUACUUGACAUAACUUUAUUAACAGGCCUUGCUUUAUAAAAUCCAAAUUUUGUACAAGUCCGAAAAACAAAUACCAGGCAAUGCAGGGCUUGCAGGCUGGUGCUAAUUUCAACAUCUGAUACAUGGACAGUAUAUUCUGGUAUAUGCUGUCCAACUAGACAUGUGCUGCAUUUAGAAUAAACUUUCUCUUAGCCUCUCAAAAAGGACUCUGUAUUCAAAAAUCAACUUAGAUCUAACUUAAUUUUAGAGUGGAAUCCUGAGUGUUCUGAUUGGACUGUAAAAGUAAUUGGUCAAUAGUAUGUAGACUGAAUGCUGAAUGGAUUCACGAGGUAUGUUUAAGGAGAAGAAAUAUACUUAUUAUCAAGGAAACUGACCUGCCCAUGAUCCAUAUCAGCUUACAUCUACCAUCAUGAUCAAGUUGAAAUAAAUAGAAAUCUAAAGGUUAGACCUGAUAUGAACUAUACAAUGUAUGAAAUGGGUGUUUCCAUUUUACAUAUCUGUUUUAUUCUUGAUUGUCUGUGAUCAAGAAAGGUUUAUGUAGUACGUUUAUAUGAAAUUUAUUCAUUUUUACUUACAAUAUUAAUUGUUUGUGUACAUCAUACCAUUCAUGUACAUAUUUGUCACAUUUAAAUGAAAAUGGAACAUUAUUAUUCAUUUGUUGCCAAACUUUUUUUAUUUAUUUUUUUAAAUUAUAACAUAAAAAGUGUCUAAUAAAUAAUUAUUAAUCAGUUAAUUCAAUAGUUAUUAUAGAAAUUUAGAAAAUGAAAUAUUAAUGAAUUUGUUGCAUACAUGUUGUUGCAAGUCUAUGAUAUUGUGUAUUCUUUAUUUGAUCAUUGUUUUCGAUAACCUGAAAUGUGCAAUUUAUUAUAAAAUAAAUU